GGCAAGGCAGGCGGGCAGGCAGGCAGUCGGUCCGGGGCAGUCAGAGCCGCGCGCACUCCGCCGUGCGCACUCCGCCGCGCGCUACCAGAGGGGAGAGAGCCGGCAGCAUGCGCCUUGCUCCCGGGUAGAAGAGAAGGAGCCGCGGCAGGGAACAAAGCUUUCCCAGUGCUCCCGGGCUUGUCGUCUUCUUUGGCAACCGUCUGGACCAGCGUGCUGACCCUGGCUGGCGAUGUUACAUCUUGGGACAAGCUGACAGUAUCUCUCAGAUGAACUUCUGCUCAAAAGUAUGCUAUUUGUACAUGCUAUUCAGUCUUCUUGAAACAUGGGUGAAAAAGACAAUGAUAAGUACAACCAAGCUGACCAAAUAUUUGAAAGCUUUGUUCAAGCCUCAACAUGCAAAGGUUCAAUUCAGGCUUUUAAUAUUCUCACUCGCCAUCUUGAAUUAGACCCUUUGGAUAACAGAAACUUUUAUGCCAAACUUAAAUCAAAAGUGACCAGCUGGAAGGCCAAAGCUUUGUGGAAUAAGCUAGAUAAGAGGGCAAGCCAUAAGGAAUACAAACGUGGAAAAUCUUGUACAAACACAAAGUGUUUGAUUGUUGGAGGUGGUCCCUGUGGCUUGCGAACUGCCAUAGAACUUGCCUUUCUUGGAGCCAAAGUUGUUGUCAUAGAAAAGCGAGAUGCUUUUUCAAGAAACAAUGUACUUCAUCUCUGGCCAUUUACGAUUCACGAUCUUCGAAGUCUGGGAGCUAAAAAAUUUUAUGGGAAGUUUUGUGCCGGAUCUAUUGAUCAUAUUAGCAUUAGACAACUUCAGCUUGUCCUCUUCAAGAUUGCACUGCUGCUGGGAGUUGAAAUCCAUGUGAAUUUAGAAUUUGUGAAGGUUUUGGAACCUCCUGAAGAUCAAGAAAAUCAAAAAAUAGGUUGGAAAGCUGAAUUUCUCCCAAUGGAUCAUCCCUUAUCAGAAUUUGAAUUUCAUGUCAUAAUUGGAGCUGAUGGCCGAAGAAAUAGUUUGGAAGGUUUUAAAAGGAAGGAAUUUCGUGGAAAGCUAGCUAUCGCCAUUACUGCCAAUUUUAUAAACAGAAAUACCACUGCAGAAGCCAAAGUGGAGGAGAUUAGUGGUGUUGCUUUCAUUUUCAAUCAAAAAUUCUUCCAAGAUUUGAAAGAAGAAACAGGAAUUGACCUAGAAAAUAUUGUUUACUAUAAAGAUAGCACGCAUUACUUUGUGAUGACUGCAAAGAAACAGAGCCUUUUGGAGAAGGGUGUCAUCAUUAAUGAUUUUAUUGAUACUGAAAUGCUGCUGUGCAUGGAAAAUGUAGACCAAAACAAUCUAUUGUCGUAUGCAAGAGAAGCUGCCGACUUUGCGACUGAUUAUCAAUUGCCUGCCUUAGAUUUUGCAAUUAAUCACUAUGGGCAACCAGAUGUGGCCAUGUUUGAUUUUACUUCUAUGUAUGCCUCGGAAAAUGCUGCAUUAGUACGUGAGAGGCAUCGACAUCAACUGUUGGUUGCUCUUGUUGGAGACAGUUUGGUAGAGCCGUUCUGGCCAAUGGGUACCGGUUGUGCAAGAGGAUUCCUAGCUGCAUUUGACACAGCGUGGAUGGUGAAAAGCUGGGCUCAAGGAAAACCCCCUCUUGAUAUCCUAGCAGAAAGGGAAAGUAUUUAUAGACUCUUACCUCAGACAACACCUGAAAAUAUCACUAAGAAUUUUGACCAAUACACUAUUGACCCUGCCACACGAUAUCCAAAUUUGAACUCAAGUUGUGUUCGGCCACAUCAGGUGAAACAUUUAUAUAUUACAAAUGAACUGCAGCCCUGCCUAUUAGAAAGAGCAAAUACCAUUAGAAGAUCAAUUGGCUUUUCAAAACAUGAAUAUGACAUAAGGCCCAAUAAACUUUUAACCUGGUGUCAGAAACAGACCGAAGGAUACAAGAACGUGAAUGUCACAGAUCUCACUAGUUCGUGGAAAAGUGGCCUUGCCUUAUGUGCAAUUAUGCAUCAUUUCAGACCUGACCUCAUUGACUUUGAUUCCUUGAAUGAAGAAGAUGCAGUCGAAAACAACCAGCUAGCAUUUGAUAUUGCUGAACGUGAAUUUGGAAUUCCUCCUGUCACAACUGGGAAAGAAAUGGUGUCUGCUGUGGAGCCUGAUAAACUCAGUAUGGUCAUGUACCUCUCAAAAUUCUAUGAGCUAUUUAGGGGGACACCUCUCAGAGCAGUGGGUACUGUGACAAAGCAAAAUGGAGAAAGAAUUGAUCCUUGUUCAGCAAAAUCAUCCAAUUUUGUCCGUAAUAAUCACAUAAACUUGACAUUUCCAAGGAAGAGAAUACCAAAAGUGGAAGAAAAUGAAACCAGUAAAAGGCGACGCAAAAGUCUCAUCAGUUUUGAAGAGUCUUCAAACCAUUUAAAUCAAGAAAGAAAUUCUAGUAAUCAAGCAAGGGAUUUGAAAGAAACAAUAAAUCGAAACAGAGUGAAAUCAAUGGCAACGCAGCUCUUAGCCAAGUUUGAAGAAAAUGCGCCCAAUGUUUCAUUAAGGAGACAGGGAUCUUUGAAAAGAGAAUUUCCUCAGACAAUAGGUGGGAGUGAUAUCUGCUAUUUUUGUAAGAGAAGAGUUUAUAUCAUGGAACGAUUGAGCGCGGAAGGCCACUUCUUCCACCGAGAAUGCUUCAGAUGUGUCAUAUGUGCGACCACUCUCCGCCUAGCAACAUAUACCUUUGAUGCAGAAGAAGGUAAUUUUUACUGCAAGCUUCAUUUUGCACAAUGUAAAACAAAGAAUACGCAGAGAAAGAAGAGAGCGGAAAUAAAGGAGGAAGCGGGAUUUCAGAGGCAUCAAGAACCCAUGUGUCAAGAAACUAGCUCAGAAAGUGCUUUUGCUACUAGUAGCAGCUCAGAUGACCAGUCGUCAGGUAUCCUGUCUUCAUUCUUUGGGAAAACUCUAGGCUGGCCUCUUAAGGUGACCAGGGAUCUGCUUGAUCUUCCAAGACGCCUCUCUAACUGGAUGCAUGGUUUCCUGCACGCAACCAGACUUCAUUUCAGGGACAAUGCAUACAACUAUAUCUACUUGUAUGAACUCCUAAGCUUUAGCAUGCCAUUCCUUUUUGUGCUUCAGGAGUUACUUGGCCAUUUUUACGGGGAAGUGGAGUUGUCAUAUGAGGGUACGCUUGAAUUGGUGAAGAAAUUUUUCAAGCUUUAAAAUUCUUCUGAGUCUUGGUUGUGCCUUUCAGAUUUCCAAAACAAACAGUUUUUGGGUUUUGCACAAAUAUAAACAUUUCAAUUCAGUGGAUGCUUUAAAUGAGCCCAGAACUCCAUGGUGCAAUUGAAAAAUCAUUAUUUUUUUAUUGGAUCAUGAAUAUUAGUGUCCGAAAUCAUUUCCCAACCAUGGAGACGCUAUGAAGGAUAAUUUUAUAGUUUUUUUUAAAAAAAAUUGAAUGGAUUUAUUUCUAGUUAAAAAACAGAUAUUCCUUUAUGUUUACAUUUUUAUAUUCUUAUUUUAAUGACUGUGAAAGGAGGAACUUUCAUACAUAAGGCAAUAGCAAAUUUUUACUAUGUGGGGUUUUUUUUGAAAACUGAAGGUGGCACAUACUUUUUCUACCUUUUGCUUUAUCUAUGGGGCUACUGUCUGCAUCAUUUUUUUAAAAAAAAUCAAAGGUAUACGUAGCCCAUAAUAAUUGUAUUGACGUCUCUUUGAUAAACCUUUUGGGCAUUUUCUAUAAUAUUUAUGAAUGAAUUCAAAGAGUAAAUAUUAGACAUGAAUUGAUUAAAGUAAACCAAAGUACAGCAAUAGCCUAUAUUUAUUUUUUCUCAAAUCAAGGGGCAAUUUUGUUAAUUUAUAUUAGAGAUGACUUAGAGCUGAUAUGGAAGGUAAGAUGUAUCUAUGUUAGAAUACUUUUUCUCAAUCAAUCUUUUGAAAGUUGAAAGGAUCAGAAUAAUAUAAAAAUGGAAUAAUUUGAGAGAAAGAGGGACUGACUUCAUAGAUCUUUUUGACACCAUAGAGUCUCAUAGAAAUUAGGAUAUAGCUGAGAAUUAUAAUAGAUUAACUUGAUAUAAAAGCCACAUUUGGCUGAAAGAGAAAAAGUAUAAAUUUAUUUUGCCGUAGAGAAAUUUUACACAGGAGAUAUCUGUGGAUAAAUUUAAGAUAAUUAAUAGGAUCCUUUUAAUUGGCUGUCUUUUUGGCCUACUUUAUCAGUGAAGAAUACAUGCUUGUUCUUGGGAAAUAGCUGUAGAAAACAAAGUCCCACUAUUAGGUUGCACAUUCUGUAAAAGGUUCACAUGAUCACAUCUGUUGACUCCUGAGACUAAAACCAAUUUGACUUUUGACUGAGAGAAAAAUAGUUCUCCUGGAAUAUAUGGCUGGUUCUCUAUACCCUUCCUGUGGCUAUUCAAUUACAUAAAUAUUAUUUGUAUAAUGGAAUGUUAACUUGUCGUUAAACAGGUUAAAAACAACUUCAUAAAACCCAUUACUAAAGAUUUAAUUUAGAGCUAGCCUGUUAAAGGAUUAACUGGUACAUUGGAACCAUUCUUAAAUAUACAUGCUGUUCUGUUUUAACCUUUAUUCUCAUGAAUUCUUACUUGGAAAAUUGCCCUAUUUAUUUCAUUGGAAUGGAGAGAUGUAGUAUUAAGCACAUUACAUGACAAUAAUCUUUAAUUAAAUGAACAACGAUGAAAAGAGGCUUUUUUACAUGAUUAUUAUUAUUUUAAAAAGGUUAAUUUUUGCUCUGUUAAAGAUUUGCUUACAUGUAAGAAUAUUUGGUGGUCCUACCAUGAGUUCUCAAAUGCUGUGAUAUUGUGAACCCACUGAAACAGUAAAGGAAUAAAACCCAAUGAGUUCUUCCUUGCUAUAACAGUAAUUGUGCCAUCAGCUGAACAGAAAGCCGGAACCCAUUGAGAACUCAAUUCUGUUGCUAGCUUGUCUAGGCACAGUGUUGCUUUUAGGUUCCUAGGAAGCAUGCCCAGAUGUGCAUCAUGUGACAGAUGAGAUGUCUGCACCAUGGAGUAGGGGACUAGAUCUAGGGAAGAACAGGGUGGAAAGGGAAGCUGAAUUAUUAGAAGCCAGAAUGGACUGUGGAAACUCAGUUACUGCUAUACCAAUAAACAAGGCUUCUUUUAACAAUGGAGAGACUUGAUUCUCCAUCCCUUAUCCCUUGGACCUGGAUUCCUUUCCCCCUGAUUGCCAUACAUUUCUUGGUAUUCUUCUAGAAGAGAGCAGCCUACCAUGUAGACUUCUGGUCACAUCUCUUCUGCAGUGAUGAGUCCAGCAGAGGUAGGGAAGCUGUAAAGCGUGUUUCCUACUCUCACGUGACUAGUCUUUUGAGACUAUUCUGGCCACUCAUCUUGCCAUCCAAUUGUACUGCCUAUGGUUGGGCUACUGACUUGCCCAGGCAAAGUAAGACAGUAUUUGACAACUGUUCGGGUUGGUCUGGGAUUACAAAUUUGACAAACCAGCAACAAACCAUCCCUGAAUUUCCUUUCCCCCUGAUUGCCAUGCUUUUCUUGGUAUUCUUCUAGAAGAGAGCAGCCUAUCAUAUAGACUUGUAAAGGCAGGAAGGAAGCAGCAGCCUACGUAGGCACCCCAUGGUUCCAGGGUGCUCUCCUGUAAGACCAGCUUCUGGAACUUUCCUGCUCUAAUCCCUUAAUCUUGCCCACCAUGGCUUUGAGCCUGGCUCUGGGCAAGCCUGCCGGUUUCCUCCUAGCUAGUAAAGCUCCCCACUCCUGACCCCGAGUCUGGCUAUCUGAACAUGAUCUUCCAGACUUGCCUUCCUGCUUGGCCUCUCUGCUCCCCACCCAGGUUUUCCCAGCUGUCUAUCUAUUAUUUCUCAACUAAACUUUUCUGUAGUUAUUUCAAGGACUCCCUAGCACAUAGUUUCUGCUCAUGCAACAGUUUCCAGUGUUCUUUCCCCCCUUAUGCCUUUUUCAGAGUUUCCAAUUCUCACUUAAGGUGUAAGAGAAGGGAAAUUUGAUCUAGCAGCAUCUUGUGCUGGCUGAUGGAUACAACUCUGCGGUCCAUAUCAUAAGCUGAACCUGAAAAAUGACAGCGCUCUGCUUGUGACCAACUUACUGUAUCUAUAUCUGCCGCUAUUCUUGCAAUUCAGCUAUUGCAUAUCUCAAACUCAGGGAAUGAAGCGUCAGAGUGGCCAAUGUACACCCAAAAUCUACAAAUGAUUUUAGGGCAACUUCAGGGUGAAGAAAUAACAGAACAUAAAUAUAUUUUGCACUGCUUGCUUGACUGUUUCUUACAUUUCUUUAAAUGUAAGGUACAUUUAAACCUUAUUAAAUUAUGUUCAUAUUUUAUUUGCCUAUAAUUUGAUUUUUAGUUGCACAAUCAUUAGUUAAUAAUGACAACAUCAGCUGAUUUGUGUAUCAAAAAUUUACCACAAAUGAAACUCUUCAAGCACUUCCACUAUUAUCUAAUAGUUUGAAUGCAAUGCACAGAAAAGGAAAUGGUCCAUUUACACUGUUUGAAGCCACUGAUAAUCAUUACACAGUAUAAUUUUGUCUAUCCAGUUGUUUAUCUCACUCUAAGGGGGACUAUUUCUGAACCAUUUUCCAAAGUGUGUUGGAUCACUGUAAAAAGCCAGAAUUUUCUUUCGAAUUAUGUCCAGUCACAUGCACACAAAUAACCAUGUUCUAUUUGGUUACAGUAUUUUGUUACUUAUCAUUUGCACAUUCAAUGAAGGUUUCUUUGCAAAGCUUUAGAGGGGGCUUUGGAGUUAAAAAAAGGAGAUGUGACCAAUAUAUUGUACAUGUAAGUCCAAAUUCAGUCUCAAAUAAAUGCAGAAUCAUUUAUUUUGGGUUAGUCAUAUUUGAAGUUGAUUGUUUGAAGUCAGUUGCUAUUUCAAAGAGUCUUUGAUAACUACUAUUAUUUGAUACUUGAAAUUUAAUAAAUGUAGUUAUUUAAUAUUUUUGGUUGAUGAGAAAGAAGAGUUACUGUUCAUUUGUUCUACCUUACAGUAUCAGUGCAAUGUAUCUAGUGUUAUGUAAGCAAAGAUUUGCAGUUACUUGUUCUGACUACUUUCUUUUUCCAAUAUUUUACGUUGUCUUUAGUUCAUUUCAACAUUCCAGUGCUACAGCCCCUCACUGGCUGAACUAUUUCUGGUGUAAGAUUAUUAUUCUCUAUGCUUCUUUUUCUCUGUGUUGUGAUGAAUCCCUAAUACUCCCUACUAAUUUUAAACAUACUAGAGUAGUAUGUAAGUGUGUGUGUGUGUGUGUUCUAAAUACACAAUAAGAAUCUGCAUGAUCACUUACCCUGCUUUGUAACUGACAGUCCAAGUGCUUCUUUCCAAGUGCUUCCUCUCUGCAUUGUAGCUAUUAUCUUUCUGCAUGCAUUCCAAACUUUUGAAAAAGAAAUUAUUUAAAUUAAAUCAUAAGGCAUUUCUAUGGAUUUUUUAUUCCUUCUUUGCAUCUCUUUAAACUUUAGCCCUUGGUCUAAUAAAUAUUAGGAAAAAAAUGAUUAGGGGAAUGGUCUUUUAGUUUUACAAAUCACUUUAACAAUAACUAUAUAGAAAUGAAUGAAUCCCUGAUGGUUUCUAACAUUCAUUCAGUACAAUACAAAGAUUUAAGUAAAGUCUGGAAACUGAAAGAUGCAGCUUUUAUUCCUUAAGGAACUUUCAUGCAUUUAUCUCAAAUGCAGAUUCAUAUUGCUGUGAUAUCAGCAUAACACAUAUAUUUUACAAGCUUCUGCUUACAAAUGUAAAGGCCUAGAGCAGGGGUUCCCAACCCCUGGUCUGUGGACCACUAGCGGGCCACGGCAUGCCAGCAACCGAUCCGCACAAACAAGCAAAGCCCCAUCCGCAGGAUGCAGGCAGCACACAAAACCACGCCCCCUCCGAUCUGCGGAAAAACCUCUCCACAGAACUGGUCCCUGGUGCCCAAAAGGUUGGGGACCUCUGACCUAGAGGACAAAACAGACAGAACAGCCCUCCUCCCAUAUAUCCCUCUCUCAAUUCUGUUUCAUCAUCAUCUUUUCCCUAAGAAUUGAGAAAGCUAUUAUGAAACGUAUCUUAAGCACUUAAGUGCUUAAAGUGAUAUAUUACUUUACUUUUUCCAAAAUGGUCUCUCAGAACUCUGAAAUAGAAAGACAUUCUAUGAGGAAUCAUUACCAUUCCUAUCAUGAGGAGAAACUAUUCACAAGAGAAAGAUGCAUGUUUUCCCUCUAGGAGACGAGGCUAUUUUCAUAAGAAAAGAAGAAUUCUAUCCUUCUUUGCUAGUGGGUUUUCUUGUUUAUAGUUGGCUUUUUUCUGUCCUUCUGCCAGCCUUAUUAAGUCUGAAAGGAUAGAACAGAGCUAGAUAACACACCAGGUUUAUUUAUUGGUAGAGUUGACAGUAGAAAUAAGAAUUUCUCUGCUUGUUCAGGAAAAUAAUUCUAAAUAUUCUGGAAUUGGAAGGAAUCAGUCUGAUUUUGCAAUUCACAAAAGUAAUGGAUAAUACAAAGAAGCUAGGGAAAAAAGCACAGCAGAUGACUUAGUUGAUACUUUCUGAAUAGAGAAUCCCAAACUCAAUCAUAUACUAUUAAAAUUCUUACUCAUCCAACUAUGUUUCGUGUUCCUAUUUCCAAAGUAACAAACUGAUUUUAAUCUCUUAAGUGUGCUAAACAAAACCCAUUUUUCUUGGCUUUAGAAAUUUUAGAAAUUUAUACCACUCUUUCUACUUACUUUGAUGCUGACGAACAAUAUUCAACUUGGAUUUUGUUUAAAAUGUACAAUUUUGCUGGUUUUUAUUGGUCAAUAUCUGCUUAAUGUUUUGUAACGAAUCACCCAAAGCUUAGCACAUACAGAACCCAUAAACUCCCAAAGGAAAGAUUAGGAAAGGGUGCAGGUGUCCUAACAGAAUGGUACCUUUUUUACUUGAUUAACAAAACUUCUCUGCAUGUUUGGGGUACGGGGGACAUCUGAAUGAAAAUUUUCUCUCUACUUUACUUAUUUCUAUUGCAGAUCUACUCAUCUCUUAAACAGUACCAGUGGGGAUUCUCUUUCUCUACUCCUUGUUACUUAAAGUGUUUCUGGAACUAAUUAAGCAUUUUUGUUAGAGUGUUCUUUUUUUAAAAAAAUGUAUAUAAAAAUUUCACAUGAAAAUUUGUAUUUUGCACAGAUUUAAUGUUUAACUUUCUAAAUUGGCUGUUAAGAAAUAAAUUCAAUUCUCCUAAA